AUAUCUGGGGAAGUCCCUAAAACUGAAAGAGGGAAGAAAAUUAGACGGUUUAUGGUUGGAGAAUAGUUAUUUGAUUCUUUUUUGUUGAUUUUGUAAUAAAGUCAAGAUUGAGGACGAAUAUAAUCCCAAAUGAAUUUAUAAUCAAUGUGUGGUUAUGGAAAAUCAUUUAUUGAUAAAAAUUUGAUGUGUAUAUUUAUAUAUGUAACAUAUUAUGAACAUAAAAGAUAAAACCUUUAACAGCAUUUUUACGAACUAAAAUUAAAUUUAAUAUAUCUAUGGACACUUCAGUGCAAUUUAAAUAGUCAAUUGUGUAUGUAAAAGCAAAAUACAAAAGUUUCGCUGCCAAAGUUAACAUAGCGAGUUUGUGUUGUAGUGUAUUCAGCACUCAAAACGAUUCGUUCUGGUCAAGAUAAAAUCGUCGUAAGAAAUAAAUGAACGUCGGAUGAAAAAUGUUGCAUAAAUUCAAUUAUUUUUUUUGCAGCUCCUUAAUUUCACAUGGCAAUCAUUUAUAUGUCACACUGAUGGAAUAUUUAAGUUAUAGCAUAUAUACCCGGCGGUGAUUGGUUAAUAUCCAAAUAAUUACCCGUAAUAUGGUAUAUGGAAAAUAAGAACAGAUAUAGGGGACUAUAUCAGAAUAUAAUAGAAAAAUAAGGUUUUAUCUUCAAGUCUCAUUCAUCAAAAAGAAAGAAUUCAAUUACAACGAAUGAGAUAGAAUAAUCGAAUAAAAUAUCCAAUUCCUGUUGUUUCUCAAGUGUGAAAAUGAUAUUUGUAAUUGCGGGAUAUAAAGCUGGUCCUUGUUUCUUUUCGACAGAAUCAGUUGUGUCUGGAUAUCUCUUAAAUUGGUUCCUUCGACAGAACUCUUUAAAAUGAGACGCACAACCCAUUUUUACGUCAUGGUGACGUCAUUGUGCAUGCUUCUUCUGAAAGGUACACGCUCAGAUCAGGCAGGCGACAAAGGUGACAAAUGCGUCAAACAAGAAAAUUAUAACUCUUCUCUCAGCACAUUAAAUAUCAAUGAUCUAAAAUUAGAUUUAGAGAAAUACAAUGUAGAAUGCAUUGUAGAUUCAUUACCUGUAAAGGCCAGUGACGGUAAAGAAGUCCGAAGCAGUGAUUUGGAUGACAUUGUUGAAGAAGCGUCAUACUACAAAGACACAACACCUUCGUCGUCAUCUAGACACACUGUCAUUGCCUCUAGUAGACAUUCCGAGAGAAGAAUUGUGCAAGAUGCAAGCAGACGGUAUGCCAAAUUCCAAGACAUACGUAGAACUGAUAACAGACGCGAUACAUUAAACAGGAGACAUUCUUUCAACCUCGACAGAGAAAUAAGAACUAGAAGAGAAGUGCGUGGAGAACAUAUCAGAAAUGAAGGUCGCAGACGACUUGGUUCUAUAGAUAGACAGACGGCCCUAAGACGUUUGAACCUUCAAGCCCGCAAUCGGCGAGAGCGUCGCACCUUGACAUGUGGAAAUCGUGAAAGCCGGAAUAGUGAAGAACUAAGACGAAACAACAUUGACAAUAUGCAGUCGAAUACAAGACGUGUUAACCAGAGAAAUAGCCAGUUAUUUGAAAGGCGGGAAAACCGCGACGCGCUUACAACUUCCAGGAAAGUUCGCGAUGUUGAAAGAAGAAAUGGCCAAACUUACCGAAACGAUUUACAGUCAAAUAACGUCAUACGAAAUUCGAGACAAGAGAGCAGAGAAAUUCGCCAAGACGACAAGAGUAGGCGUUCAUUUAGAAAUAUUGAUAACAGACGUGAUCGAAGAGACAAUCGUGAAUCUUCAGACAUAAGAAUCCGUCACACUCGAGAACUUAAACAAGGUAAUCAAUUUCGAUCAAGUCACGAUGAUAGAAUAGUUAUCAGAGAGCGGCAUGAACUAUCUAAUGAAAGAGAAAAUCGUGAAAUUGAUGUCGUUCGGCGGGAAUCCAGAAGAAUUGUAAACGCGGGAACCAAACCAAGCGACAGAAGUGUCGAUAAUAUGAGAUAUGUUAGAAAAAGAGAAAUAUCAGCGAGAUCUAAAGUUAAGGCACAGUCUGCUGUCAGUCGUGAAAUGUCCCAGAUUGCAAGACUAGACGAUGUUCGGCGCUUGAUCAGCAACAAAAGAGAUAGGCGAGAUGUGCGUCGGUAUGACGGUGAAAAUUAUAUGAGGGACAACAACAGACAAAUACGCACAUACAACAAUCGAGAGGUGAGCAAAAUUAAUGCUGUGAGAGGAAUGGGUUACAAACAAGACUCAUCAUUUGAACACGGAUGGAACAUGGAUGGAAUUGGGAUAACCAGAGCAAUAGUUGUAGGUUUCGUAGGAAUUCUCGGACGAAAGAUCUGGCAAAAGCAGGCGUAGAGUAUAAUUUUUAGAAGAAACCCAAACCGGCGUUAGACACAUCGACCCAUACUGCAAGAUUUUAAAACGAUUAAAGCUUAUAUAAAAUUUGACCAAACUGUAAUUGCGCACAUGGCGCUUAAACUAAGCAUUUUGUAAAUCAAACUUAUUAAGAAAAGUACAUUGCGCUUUUACACAUUUUGUAAAGCAAACUUACCAAGGAAAAGUACAUUGCGCUUUUACACAUUUUGUAAAUCAAACUUACCAACGAAAAGUACAUUGCGCUUUUACACAUUUUGUAAAUCAAACUUACUAGUAAAAGAGUAGAAGCAUUGUCGUGGUGUUUGAGUUGUUAUCUGUUUUAAACAACAUGCCAUUCAAAAAGUGCCAGGUUAAUUGAAGUUGCAUAAAGUGACAUAACGAAUGAAUCAUACAACAAUAAGUGGGCUAAAUGCAUGUUGAUGAGUCAGAUACAAAAAUAGACUUCCCGUUUUGUUAAACUCUAACUUGUCACUCAAGUGUCACAACUGUUUUCACUUUUCCUCCUGGGAUUCGCAGUUGUAAGAAUAGUAAUCCGGGAACCAAACAUGGCGUCAAAAUGAUAUGCAAUUGCUUGUUAAAAUCUAUAUCAACUUCACUAAUACAUAUGUUGUCCACUUGUUUGCUUAGACUUAGUCUGUAUUGGGUUCUAUUUUGUGUGUAGGGGUCUUUUUACGUUCAUUUUUUAAUACAUUGUAGAUUUUUUUAACAAAAACUUGAAAUCGCUGUUGUUAAUUUUCAGUUCGACUGCAAAUUUAAGAAUGCGUGCAGGUAUUUAUUCCCGAAUUUUUUGUCGCUUGUUCGUACCAUCUAUUGACGGAGAUCGCCAUAAAGCCAUAUUGAAUGAAUGCAUAUACAUGUAUUUUUUCCUGAAAUAGUAUAACAUAAGAGCGCAGACGAUAAUUGAUCAUUGAUAUUUAAAUUAUAUAGUAUAUGAUUUAACUAUAACCUCUCUUCAAGUGACAGCAUGCCCAUCAAAUUGUAAAUGCUCAGUGAACAGGUAAAAAUAGAAAUAAUUUGACAUUUUGCCACAAUUGUGUUCAAAGUUGAUUUCACUAUUGGAAAAUAAUCAAUAACUUCCGUGGCAAACAGAAAUGUCUAUAAAUAUCGUUCAGAAUGUAACGAAAACGCCUAUUUUUUUUUAAAAAAGUGAGGCAGUCUUUAUAAUGUAGACAGUUUUAAUAUUGUAUCAAUCGAACAUAAUUUACUAAAUAUGCAUAUAACAAUUCACCUAUAACAUGCAUAACUAUAUUGUAAAGAAUAGAAUAACAACAGGCAUUGUCGUAAUUUUCUUUCCAUGUCUUAUAAUGAUAAGAGUUUUUGGCAAUUAAUUCAAUAGAUUUAAAGCAUGUUAAAAACAAAUAUUAAGAAGUUAACGCGAUCUCUUUUUAAGAAUGUUUUACUCGGAGUAAUCUAUUCCUAGUAAUAGAUAAGUAAGUAAAUGAUAUUUUCCAUGUUAUAUUGUAAUUAUUACUGUUUGAUAUUGACGAGUAAUAUGACAAUAAAGUCGAGAAGCAUCUUUAACAAGAUUUGAGCAGUCAGCAUAAUUGUCAUAACCUGUGUGUUCUAUUUACAAUUAUUUCUCAACCUAAUAUAAGUAGGAUUUAACUGGCUACAGUGUUGGAUGAGUACAUUGUACCUGCAGACGUUUGCAGAAAUCAUGAUCACAAACUAGAAAAAUAUCACUUUUUCCCCCAACCAGUAUAAACAUUUUCUUUCCAUUCAUUGGCGAAUAUAAAUCGGUGUGAAAAGAUGAAUUAGACGUUUUAAAGUUCAUUCCGUUGGUUGAAAAGUCGAUAUUUUAGCAUUUUUUUAGCAUUCAAGCGCCUUGUUCGGUAUAUACGGAAUACGGUAUUUAGUGUGGUGCUCCAACAGUUUUUAGUCUCACAAAUAUAACCAUUGAGCUUCCGACUUUUGCUUAAUGUGAUCUUAAAUAUAAAUUGAAUCUGAUCUUAUCGAUUUAGCUUUCUUUUUUAUUUCAGGCUCUACAAAAUCCAUAUCUUAUCCAUAUUGAACCCCAUAUAUAUUUUCCAUUUUCAAGUUCAAGCAUUCCAUAUCAAAUCCAUAUUGUACAGUGUAAUUUAAAAACAUAGUUUUUACAUAAUACAAAAAAACUGCUUAAUUUUUGUGUUUUCUUUAAUCUCACGAGUUUGCCCCUUUGAAAUUGAUGAUUUGAUAUAAACAGGACAUUAUACAUUAAUGAGCACAAUACUGAGUCUAUUGGACUCGUACACAGUUGAAAAACCUAUAUAAGUUCGACUAUCGUCUCGUCCAAUAUAGGUUUUAUGUAAAUUGUGCAAAGGAUAUACACAAGUCGUCAGAAAUUUUAUACAAAUAGUAUGAAAAACUCCUUUUUAUUAAUAAAAAUUAAAUUUCAGAAUUAUAUUUAUUAGAUUUUGUUUAUCUGUCUUUCAUUGAACCUUGACGACAGCAGAUAAAUACAAUAAAAAUAUAUUGUUUGUAAAAUAAAUAAUAUCCGAAUGUUGCCUAUCCGA